UGCGACUUGUUUUGAAUGCACUUAAAACAGAAGCCGGCUCAAGACAUCAACAAUGUUGGCCGAUAAUAAUGUCCUGUUAUGUAUAAGCGUCCAGACCGAAACAUAAAUGAUGUCUGUUCACCCCCCAGAGAGAACCACCCCAUGUUCUUCCGCCAGCUGAACUCCUCCGGCUCCUCCUUCCUUCCCUGCAGCCGUCCCGCUCUCUGCAGGGCCGGCAUCAGGAACAGAGCCUCCACCUCCUGCCUCCCCCAUUUCAUCCCUGCUCCUCAUCCAUGGUGGUCGCUGUGGGGAUUUCCCCCCUGGCCUCCUCGACUCCCCCGCUCUUGUCCAGCGACCCGUCACAUCUUCUCUGGUACGACGUCACACAUCCACCCCGGUAACUGUGGCGGUAGUUGGCGUUGGUUCUAUACCUCUGCCAGCCUCAUGAUGGAGCGGCCCAUCAAAGACAGAGAGCCUCCUUACAAACGGAGGAAGAGUGCGGAGGAGAAGAGGAGCGGCGAAGAAAGGGAAGGACACAGGGAAGGAGUAGCAGGGGCAACAGGAGCUAAGGUUGGAGGCUACAAGAAGGAACACCAUCACCUGGAAUCCAGCACAGAGAGUCGUCCUCAACCAAAGCACAGCUUCAAAGAUGGAGGUCGAGACCGAGGCAGCAGUGGAGCUGGAAAAGGUGUCAGUAGGGAUAACAGCAGAGAUAAAGAUGUAGAAAGGACUAAAACUAAGGACAAAGACAGACAACGAAAAGACAGCACCACUCGAGAUGAAACACCAAAUCGAGGGAGGAGCGCACGUCAGCAAGGCGCAAACAAUGACUCACAGCCUGCAAGGUCGAGGACUCAAACCCUCAAGUCAAAACCUGAACAGGAUCAAGUUCCCAUGUACACAUCCAACCCCUGGUUCAAAGAGAGGGCAGCAGAGGAGAGGUAUACAAAAGGACCAGGGGGACAGUUGAGGGACAGAGGUAGUGAUAGGGGGCAGUGGACGGGGCUUCUCUCCCAGCCCCGUGGCACCGCUCUCCCCACAAACCCGUGGCAGGUAGCCGGGGCCAACAGGCAGCCUCCUCCACCCGGAACCUGCCCGCCUGUCAGACAGCAGGAAGAGCUUAAACCUCUGAAAUGUCUUCAGAGACACUGGGAGACACCUGCCUGCAGUACCGGCAUCCACCCACCAGGGGGCACAGCUUUUGACUUCUCAGUGAUGUCCUACAACAUCCUGUCUCAGGAUCUGCUGCAGGACAACGCCUACCUGUACCGACACUGUGACCCCAGGGUCCUGGCCUGGAACCACCGGCUGCCCAACCUGCUGGCUGAAAUCCAGCAGUAUGACGCUGAUAUCCUGUGUCUUCAAGAGGUCCAGGAGGACCACUAUGAAAACCAGAUCAAACCUGCUCUACAGGCUCUAGGUUACCAGUGUGAGUACAAGAAGCGAACAGGAGCCAAACCAGACGGUUGUGCCGUUAUCUUUAAAUCCUCCCGCCUGUCGCUCCUUUCCUCCAAUCCCGUUGAGUUUUUCCGCCCUGGCGACGCCCUCCUCGACCGGGACAACGUGGGAUUGGUUCUGCUGCUGCGACCCAACGACACCGUGGGCCAGUCGGAUCCUUCCGCCGUCAUCUGUGUCGCUAACACUCACCUCCUCUACAACCCUCGCCGCGGCGACAUCAAGCUGGCACAGCUGGCGAUCCUACUGGCUGAGAUCAGCCGGCUGUCCCGCCUCUCGGACGGGUCGACCAGUCCCGUUCUGCUGUGUGGGGAUUUUAACUCCACGCCCUGGAGUCCGCUGUACAGCUUUCUGACCACCGGCUGUCUGGACUACAGAGGAAUGCAGAUCGGCACGGUAUCCGGUCAGGAAACCAGUCCCAGAGGUCAGCGUCUUCUCACGUCUUCGAUCUGGUCUCAAAGUUUGGGAAUCGACCAUCAGUGUCAGUACAAGAAGAAACCCGCCGCUGAGUCCUCCUCCAGCAGCCCAACAGCAGUAGAAGGAGCGAUCUCUGAUCUGACUGUCGAGGAUUUUGCCACCGAAGCUGCUGAUGCUUCCAACAGAACGAGGAUCGAGCACCUCCUGAAGCUGCAGUCGUCCUACCAGCACCGCCUGAUGUCUGACGGGAGACCUGAGAUCACCACCUGUCACUCCCGCACAGCCAUGACUGUGGAUUACAUCCUGUACACUCCUGACAUCACACCUCCUUCACUUCCUGGUGGGCGGGGCCUCCAUCUACUGGGCAGGCUGUCAUUGGUCGGCCAGUCGGAGCUGGAGGAAGUCAACGGUCUGCCCAAUCGGUAUCACUCGUCCGAUCACCUCCCUCUUCUCGCUCGCUUCCGCUUCCGGCACUGACCCGGGGUCGUUGGACAGCCAAUCAGAACAGCUCUCAGCCUCCACUGCUGACAGUGCAGCUCAGGGGAGACGCGAGUGUUUAAGAUGUCGAUUUAACACACAGAAUAAUCAAAGUUAAGUUAAAGAUGACACAAACGUUCUGCCUGGAAGAAAGAGGAUUAAAGUUAGUUUUCCAUCAAACGGCAGGAACAGAUUUUGGUUUGUGAGUUAUUUCUCUGCAGGAAACAAAUCUCUGUUUUCCUUGAUGUCAAACCAGAGACCCCUUAAAUACUCUGUAAAAUCCUAAAACACUUAAAUAAUCAAAAUUCAACGUGAUGCAUCGACAGUGUUGCUAAAGUACAAACUGAAAAUACAAAUACUUGAAGACAGCAUAUCCAGAUGUUCUCUGGAACAUCUUAGAACAGUUUUUUCUAAGUUUUCAUAGUUAAGCAGGUCGUGUGUCUAAUUCUCAGAUCAUCCUUGGAAGGAUGAUGUUUCUGGUUUUCAGGUUGAUGUUAGAAACUAAAACACACUAAAAGGACAAACUGUUCACCUGCUGCAGAGAAGUUCAGCACUUCCACUUGUACAUAAAACUGUUUUAUUUCCAGAUGUGAAUCUAUGAAGGGACAGAUUUUAAACCGGUGUUUGGAGAAUGAACAUUGUCACUUGAAGUUAAAGUGCUGCUGAUGAGGAAAAGUACUUGAUAACUUUGUUGGUCCUGAGCCGCUAACAUCACACUGCAGUCUCUUACCGACUUUUACUGUUUACAAGCACAGUUUAGACCUUUAGCUUCUAUUUGAGCAACAGCAGAAUAACCCUGAAUCAUCAACAUACUGUACAGCCCAUUAUACUGAGGAACAGUGUGGCCAGUAAAGAGAGAAAUGAACAUUUUUAAGAUGAAGAGCCCCUUGAUCUUCUCUUUUUAAGCUUCAGAUAAGAGAAAAAACAUGAAAGAACAGUUGAAGGAAAAAGUCAUUGAAUUCCUUUCGUGAAGUUCAAAGUUGCUGCUGCAUCAUUGCUGUGGAAAUGAUCCGCUGUGCCAAAAACAUGUAAAUCCACAUAAAGAGAAACACUGCACAGCAGGAGAUCAUUUCUCUUCUAUUAUUUAUCAUAAAGAUAAAUGUUUAAUUUCUGAUGUGCUGCAGAUUCACAUUCACUUUGAGUUCAGCAACAUUCAUAAUUAACAAAUAACAAGGAGUGGAUCUAUUUUUCUAACAUUUUGGAAGGAGAUUGCUGGUUUUUAUUGAUUGUAAAUAAAGAACUUGGUGUUUUUA